CCCGGUGUCGCCGAGUUCGCCGCCUCCUUCAAAAGCCCCAUUACAGGCUCUCCUCCCAAGUGGAUGGCUGAGUUAGAAAAUGAUGAUAUCGAUAUGUUAAAGGAGCUGGGGAGCCUCACUACAGCUAACCUGAUGGAAAAAGUUCGUGGCCUGCAGAACCUGGCUUAUCAGCUGGGACUGGAUGAAUCUAGAGAAAUGACUCGAGGGAAGUUCCUGAACAUCCUAGAGAAACCCAAAAAGUAG